AUGUUAUGCUAUAAAAGCGCUGAGAGAGCAAUGAACAACUUGGGGAGGUUUCGCUUGAUUGUUCCAGCGGCAAAUGCAAAGCCCUCACCGUCCAUUGGGCAGACGCUGGGCCCACUGGGCAUUAACAUGAUGGCAUUCUGCAAGGAAUUCAACGCGAGGACAUCUAAAGUACGGCCUGGUGUCCCUGUGCAGGUCACCAUCGUGCCCAACCCCGACCGAACUUUCAAAUUCAGCCUCCGCACGCCCAGCAGCACCUGGUUUCUGUUGAGAGUGGCGAGAUGUCCUAUGGGCAGUGAGCACGCGGGAAAGGAAAUAGUGGGAAAUGUGACACUUAAGGAGGUGACCCCUCAGCUCCUGCCUGCUUUUAGCAAGCGGGAUUAUACCCCAGUAGAAGAUUUGGAGCAAAUGCGGAAAGACUUGAGACAAAGGCGCAAGGCAGCGAGGAGAGCCAGCGCGAAGGCAUAG